AUGGAAGAGCCGCAUUCAGUGAAUAGUCCGAGGACAAUCCUUAGUUUUUCAAAAAGAGGGAGAACAACAACAGCCUCCGUCUCAUUUGUUGAUCCAAAUGACGAAAAACCUAAUUCCGGGGAACAUGGUCCAAAGCCUUUCGAGGUUUAUGGCUUUGUUGGUUCCAUUACGAUAGUUGUUGCUACAAGUCCUAAUAUUCCAAGUUAUGCUAUGGUAAUAAUAGUAUUAGCUGUUAUAUUUUAUAUCGGCCUCAACUUCAUGUCAACUCCACCACCAACUUCAUUAACCACAAUGUUCGAUGAAUUUAGCAGAGAACCUUCAAGCUUUUUGUCUCAUAUGGAGAGAGAUGAACAACCAAUUGAACCCAUAUCUGAUCUUGGGAUCGACAAGAUUAACGUUCUCAUGUUUGAUGAUGUUAAAUGA